UGGACAAAUAGCAUGACAGCAUGUGCUUUUGACUUUUAAGGUUAUUUUGCUGUGAACAGUUGUUGCUAAAGUAAAACUGAAAAAUGGUGAAAAAGAAAAUUGAUAACCGUAUACGAGUGAUGAUAGAGAAUGGUGUAAAAUUAGGACAUCGUACUAUGUUCUUGCUUGUAGGUGACAAGAGCAGAGAUCAGGUGCCUAUAUUAUAUGACAUGCUGGUAAAAUCAACUGUUAAAUCGAGACCAACUGUCCUUUGGUGCUACAAAAAUAAGGAUGAAGCUAUAAGCAACCAUGGACGUAAAAGAGCAAAGAAAAUCGCAGCAGGCAAGCUGGAAGUGUCAGAAGAGUCAUUGUUUGAUGCAUUCAGAGUUGCAACCACAAUCCAUGGUAGAUAUUACUCAGAGAGUCAUGCUAUGCUCGGUCAGACAUAUGGAGUGUGUGUAUUACAGGACUUUGAAGCUCUAACUCCUAACUUAAUGGCUCGUACAAUAGAAACUGUAGAGGGUGGUGGUCUUAUUAUAUUCUUGCUGAAGUCUAUGGACUCGCUCAGACAGCUACAUUCUAUUACUAUGGAUGUACACUCUAGGUUUAAAACAGAAGCAUAUGAUACAGUGGUAAACAGAUUUAAUGAACGUUUUCUGCUCUCACUGGCUGACAAUCCUCGAUGUCUAGUGUUAGAUGACUCACUUACAGUACUACCUAUCUCAUCAAAGACAGCUCAAGUUGAACCGGUUGAUGUGCUGCCUGAGAAAGUAAAUCCAAAAUUGACGGAUUUGAUAUCAUCUUUAUCGGAUUCACCGCCCGCUGGUCCGUUAGUAGCUCUCUGUCGCACAUACGACCAGGCGACCGCACUCGUCGCACUUAUUAACACCUUAGCUGAUAAACAAUCUAGACCGCCACAUUGCCUGACAGCUAGCCGAGGUCGUGGCAAGUCCGCUUGCCUAGGUCUAGCUGUGGCGGCCGCGGUCGCCCUCGGCUACGUCAAUAUCUACGUCACCUCGCCACAUCCGGAGAAUCUCAUCACACUCUUUGAGUUUGUAUUGAAAGGACUCGACACCUGCUUGUAUCAAGAACACAUUGAUUAUAACAUAGUGCGCUCAACUAACCCGGACUUCAAGAAGGCGAUUGUUCGCGUUAAUAUCGCUAGGAAUUCACGACAGACUGUACAGUACAUAACCCCGGACGACCAUUCUCUGCUCGCGGCAGCAGACCUCGUACUAGUAGACGAGGCGGCAGCGAUACCUAUCGCUCACGUGUCGGCGGCGGCACAGAAAGCGCCGCUCGCGCUGCUCUCCUCCACAGUGUCGGGGUACGAGGGCACGGGCCGCGCGCUCUCACUUAAACUCUUCGCUCAGCUGCAGACGGAACAUAACGCUCCACCACCGAUAAAACUAGAAGAACCAAUUCGCUACCGGACCGGAGACCCCGUGGAGCGAUGGCUGAACAACCUGCUAUGCCUGGAGGCGCCGAGCCCCACGCCGGGCGCGGGCGCUCCGCCCCCUGCCGCCUGCCAGCUGCUGCGAGUCAACAGGGACGCGCUGUUCUGCUACCACAAGGCUGCGGAAGCCUUCCUACACAGGCUGGUCGCUAUAUACGUCGCUAGUCAUUAUAAGAACAGUCCAAACGACAUACAAUUGUUAGCGGACGCGCCCGCGCACUGUUUGUUCGUGUUGCUCGCGCCGACGCCGCCCAAGUCCACGUCUAUGCCCGAAGUAUUAUGCGUCGUGCAGAUGUGCUUGGAAGGAAAUAUCUCGGAUAAGACGGUGUCGGAGGCGCUGGGCCGCGGGCGCAAGGCUGCAGGCGACCUGAUACCCUGGAACAUCUGCGAGCAGUUCGGGGACAAGGAUUUCCCCAAGCUCUCUGGAGCCAGGAUUGUGAGGAUUGCUACACAUCCUUCGUACCAAAGGAUGGGUUACGGCAAGCGCGCGCUGCAGCAGCUGGCGGCCUACUACAGCGGGGACAUCCCCUGCCUGGAGCACGCCGACUCCGAGCACGAGGACAGCGCGCACGGCGACCUGCACACGGAGAACAUACUGCCCAGGGCAAAACCACCGACACUGUUAAGAAGGUUAACAGAAGUCCCCGCAGAACAUCUAGACUACCUAGGCACUAGUUUCGGACUAACUGAACCUUUACUUAAAUUCUGGAAGUCGCAAAAAUAUGUGCCAGUUUAUUUAAGGUAUUAUUAUUUAUUGAUGUUAUUAAUAUUUUUGAAUCACGACGUGGGCAGGCUGGAGAGCUACUGCCGCCAGCAAGUGGACUACCGCCUCAUCACCGACCUGCUCACCCCCCUGGCUCACCUGGUCUUCCACACGAAGGUACCCCUCAAGCUGGAUGCUGUGCAACAGGUAAUAUUUGUCGCGAUGGGCUUCCAAAUGAAGGAUGUAGAUGAUAUCGCGUCAGAGCUCGGUCUUCCAGGCUCGCAGAUCCUCGCCAAGUUCUACGAAGCCUGUAAGAAGAUAAAUGCAGCGAUUAACUCCGUUCUAGAAGAUACUGUUGCUAAGGAGAUCGGGAUAGAGAAGACAGUCGAGGUGGAGAACACUCCAGUCAAGCAGAGCCUUCAUGAUGAACUGUCUAAAGCAGCAAAGGAAUUAGAGCGUAAGCAGCGCAAGGAAUUAUCUCGUCUAAUGGGCGAAGACCUCGCGCAGUACCGCAUCCGCGGCAGCGACCUCGACUGGAGCAACGCACUCGACACCUCCAAGCAGAAAAACAUCGUCUCCGUUAAAAGCGGCGAGAAACGUCUGGGUGAAGAUAGUAAAGAGAUCGACGACCUCAUAGAGUCUCACACUAACAAGAAGAAGAAAAAGAAAAAACAUGUUAGAAACUAAAUUUAAUGUAAAAUAAAUAUGUACUUUAUA